AUGGGAGAGCGACUCAAGGACAUCUAUCUAGCUUUCUUCUCCGAGAAGCAGGUGGAAAUUUUUUCCAGGAGCUGUUGUCUGUCACUCUGCGUAAACGUCGAAACAUUAGGGCUCAUAUUACCGGUCAAAAAUGAUUUGAUGGACCCCUAUGUUCACCUACCCUUACUCCUGUCGCAGAUCUCUCCCAGAAACCAUCUUCGACACCUAAUGUUUUCCACGAGGCUUUCUCUGCAGGGAGAUAUGAUCGAUUACAAUCACCUGAGGGACAUCGAUGCAAUCCUGGCACAGGAAACCUUCCGCAAUCUCCGCGAGGUGGACUUCGAGUUGUUUCUGAAAUGCAACAGUCCACCGUUGUCGACAAGAUCUCAAGUCCUACAAGGAGUAAAGAGUGCAAUGUCAGGGAUAUUUGGUCGUGGAGUAGGCAUGGAACCCAAUAUCAUAUUCUCCUACAUAAAACCGUCAUCAUGGGAUGAACGCUGUCCGCAAGGGGAUGAUAACAGGACUCUCGACAGUGCGGGUGACCUGUCGUCAGCUAGCUGA